AGGUCAGCUGUUCGUCAGUGAUCCAGCUUGCGUCUAGUCCUCGGGGUAGAGGAGGACGAAGAUGAGGGUCGCAACGUGUCAGCUCGCAGCUGUGCUGGCGCUUCUCCUUCCAUGCGCACAAGCUUUCACCCCUUCCUAUGUGAACGGCCGUUCCAUCCAACUCCGUGCUGCCAAGUCAUCCGCCGUCUCUGGAGUCCCUAACUUCCUUCGUCUGCGGAACAAUGCUGUGCGAUCGCUGCAGAUGGCGAUCAGCGAUGAAGCAAGAAUCUCUACUUCAGGAGGAGCCGGUGGCUUCUUCACUAACUCCAACCCGGAGGAUCGUCGUGUUGUUCCUGAGAACGUCAACGGCCGCAAGAAGUUCAAGGUCGUCUACGUCGUUCUCGAGUCUCAGUACCAGUCCUCCAUGACUGUCGCCUGCAAGCGCAUCAAUGCUGCUCAGCCAAACAUGUGCGUGGAGGCUGUCGGAUACCUUCUUGAGGAGCUCCGCAACCCGGAGACCCUCGAGGCGUUCAAGCGGGACGUUGAGUCGGCGAACAUCUUCAUCGGCUCGCUCAUCUUCGUGCAAGAGCUCGCCGAGAAGGUCGUCGAGGUUGUGAAGCCUCUCAGGGAGAAGCUCGAUGCUGUCCUCAUCUUCCCGUCCAUGCCCGACGUGAUGCGCUUGAACAAGGUCGGAACCUUCACCAUGGCUCAGAUGGGACAGUCGAAGUCCGUCAUCGGUGAGUUCAUGAAGAAGAAGAGGAAGGAGGACGGAGCCUCUUUCGAGGGCUCUAUGCUCAAGCUCCUCCGCACCCUCCCCAAGGUGCUCAAGUUCCUGCCGUCCGACAAGGCGCAGGACGCGAGGUCCUUCAUGCUCUCGUUCCAGUACUGGCUCGGAGGAUCCCCCGAGAACUUGGAGUCGAUGCUUCUCAACAUGGCCAACACCUAUGUCUAUGACGGCAAGAUGGUGAAGGAGGAAGAGAUCGCCUCUCCUGUCCUCCUCCCCGACGUCGGCAUCUGGCAUCCCCUUGCUCCCAAGGUCUUCGAGGACUCGACCGAGUACAACAGGUGGUACAACGAGGAGCACGCAAACUCUGUAGGCAUCGACCCCAAGAAGGCCCCGACCGUGGGAGUGAUCCUUCAGAAGUCGCACAUCAACACCAAGGACGAGUGCCACUACACCUCCCUCAUCCAGGAGCUCGAGGCCCGCGGUUGCCGCGUCAUGUGCAUCUACUCAGGAGGCCUCGACUUCUCGGGCCCGGUUGAUCAGUUCUUCACCAACGGCGCUGUCGUCCCUGACUCCGUCAUCAACCUCACCGGCUUCGCCCUCGUCGGAGGACCCGCGUCCCAGGACCACGACAAGGCGGUCGAGACUCUGUCGAAGCUCAACCGCCCCUACCUCUGUGCUGUUCCUCUGGUCUUCCAGUCCUUCGAGGAGUGGAAGGCGUCCGAGCUCGGACUUCAUCCCAUCCAGGUUGCCCUCCAGGUCUCCCUCCCUGAGAUCGAUGGAGCCAUCGAGCCCAUUAUCUACGGAGGACGCGACGGCCUCACCGGACGCACUGUCCCCCUCCCUGACCGCAUCUCCCUGCUCGCUGAGCGUGCGAUCAAGUGGGCCAACCUGAGGAUCAAGAAGAACAAGGACAAGAAGCUUGCCAUCUCGAUCUUCUCCUUCCCUCCCGACAAGGGUAACGUCGGCACCGCCGCCUACCUCGACGUCUUCUCCUCCAUCUUCGCCGUCGGUCAGGAGCUCAUCCGUCAGGGCUACAACCUCGGCGACUUCCCCAAGUCGUCUACGGAGCUCAUCGAUGCCGUUCUUAAUGAUAAGGAGGCGCGUGUUGGCUCCCCCUACCUCAACGUCGAGUACCGCAUGUCCGUCGAUGAGUACAAGGAGCUCACUCCCUACGCUGCCGAGCUCGAGGAGAACUGGGGCAAGCCUCCUGGCCAGCUCAACUCGGACGGUCAGAACCUCCUCGUGUACGGCAAGAAGUUCGGCAACGUCUUCAUCGGCGUUCAGCCUUCCUUCGGCUAUGAGGGUGACCCCAUGCGUCUCCUCUUCUCCAAGAGCGCCUCCCCCCACCACGGCUUCGCCGCCUACCACACCUACCUCGAGCGUGUCUUCGGGGCUGAUGCCGUUCUUCACUUCGGUACCCACGGAUCGCUCGAGUUCAUGCCCGGCAAGCAGGUUGGCAUGUCUGGCUCCUGCUACCCCGACCGUCUGAUCAACUCCAUGCCCAACAUCUACUACUACGCGGCCAACAACCCCUCGGAGGCGACCAUCGCCAAGAGAAGAAGCUACGCUGCCACCAUCUCCUACCUCACUCCUCCUGCCGAGAACGCCGGGCUCUACAAGGGGCUCAAGGAGCUCGGAGAGCUCGUCUCCUCCUACCAGGGUCUUCGCGAGAACGAGGCGAGGGGCCCCAGCAUUGUCAACUCCAUCGUCGCCUCCGCCCGCACGUGCAACCUUGACAAGGACAUCACGGACCUGCCAACCGAGGAGGAGGACGCCAAGGAGUUCACCCUCGACAAGCGCGACAAAGUUGUCGGCGCCGUCUACCGCAGGCUUAUGGAGAUCGAGUCUCGUCUCCUCCCCUGCGGCCUCCACACCGUCGGCGUCCCCCCCACCGCCGAGGAGUCAGUGGCAACACUGGUCAACAUCGCGUCCAUCGAUCGCCCGGAGGACGGAAUCAAGUCGCUUCCUCGCAUCAUCGCUGAGAGCCGCGGGAGGGACAUCGAGGACAUCUACCGCAACAACAACAACAACGUCCUCGCCGACGUGUCUCUCAACCAGGAGAUCACCGAGGCCGUCAGGGAGGCCGUCAGGGCUCUCGUCAAGCGCUCGACCAACAUCAACGGACGGGUGGAGGCAGUGAACCCCAUGGCCUCGGUCUUCGACUCCAUGACCGGUGGUACCCCAUGGAAGAAGGCUCUCUCGGCCAAGGGCUUCCAGGUCGAGGACUCUGCCAUGGCGCCGCUCUUCAAGUACCUCGAGUUCUGCCUUCAGCAGGUGGUGGCCGACAACGAGCUCGGAGGCCUCGUCGGCGCUCUCGACGGCAAGUACAUCCUUCCUGGGCCCGGAGGUGACCCAAUCCGCAACCCCGACGUGCUUCCUACCGGCAAGAACAUGCACGCUCUCGACCCUCAGUCCAUCCCCACCAGCGCCGCCGUUGACUGCGCCAAGUACCCUGAGUCCAUCGCCUUCACCCUGUGGGGUACCGACAACAUCAAGACCUACGGCGAGUCUCUUGCUCAGGUCCUCCAGCUCGUCGGCGUCCGCCCCGUCCCCGACUCCCUUGGCCGCGUGAACAAGCUCGAGCUCAUCCCCCUCGAGGAGCUCGGCAGGCCCCGCGUCGACGUGGUCGUCUCCUGCUCGGGCGUCUUCCGCGACCUCUUCAUCAACCAGAUGAAUCUGCUCGACCGCGGCGUCAAGAUGGCGGCAGAGGCUGACGAGCCUCUCGAGAUGAACUUCGUCCGCAAGCACGCCAAGGAGCAGGCCGAGGAGCUCGGCAUCUCCCUCCGUGACGCUGCUACCCGCGUCUUCUCCAACGCUGCGGGCAGCUACAGUGCCAACGUGGGUCUUGCGAUCGAGAACGGAGGAUGGGAGGGAGAGCAGCAGCUGCAGGAGCAGUUCCUCUCCCGCAAGGGCUACGCGUUCAACGCGGACAAGCCGGGCAUGAUGGAGCAGGCGCAGGAAGUGUUCAAGAGCUCCCUGAGCAAGGUGGACUGCACCUUCCAGAACUUGGACUCGUCUGAGAUCUCCCUCACCGACGUUUCCCACUACUUCGACUCCGACCCCACCAAGGUCGUCCAGGGCCUCCGCAAGGACGGCAGGAAGCCCACGUCCUUCAUCGCCGAUACCACCACUGCUAACGCUCAGGUUCGCACGCUCUCUGAGACCGUCAGGUUGGACGCGCGCACGAAGUUGCUCAACCCCAAGUUCUACGAGGGCAUGCUCAACAGCGGCUACGAGGGCGCUCGCGAGAUCACGAAGCGCCUGCGCAACACCAUGGGCUGGUCGGCUACAGCUGGGGAGGUUGACAACUUUAUCUACGAGGACGCCAACGACGUUUUCAUCAAGGACGAGAGCAUGCGGCAGCGGCUGCUUGAGACGAACCCCAACGCCUUCCGUGACAUGAUCACGACCUUUCUCGAGGCCAACGGGCGAGGCUACUGGGACACGUCAGAGGAGAACCUCGACCGCCUGCGCGAGCUCUACCAGGACGUGGAGGACCGCAUCGAGGGAGUGAUGUAAGCUGAGGCGCGAGGAGAGAAACGCAGCGCUCGCCGAUAGCGAGCAUGCGGUGAGAGACCCUUGCUAGGUAGAGGUUGUCUUAUUUGCAGUGAAGUGAACCAACUUAUGGAUC